AUGUCCCAAAUCAACACCGCGUUUGUGCUGGACGCAUGCGUGGUCGACGUUCCGGUGUUAGACAGAGCAGUCUUCCGCCAAUGGCUAGCAGGCCGCUCAGUGGCAGAAGCUACCAACGCACGGAUGGAAGAGCUGCGAGUCAAUGCGCAAACUGGACGGGGAUUUGUGCUUGCCGAUGUGAGGGAUCAGUUCCGGUCGUUCAAGGUGCUGCAGCCGUACCUGGCCAAGCCGCAGCAUCUGGCCAUGCAGAUGAUGCUUACGGUGUCUGUGGCGGACACGCGGUGGCUGUUGGAGGAGUACUACUCGUUUGAUGGUCCGGUAUUCAGAGAAGUGGUCGGAAAGAAGCUCUCGUCUAAGACUCGCCGCGAUCUGGAUGAUGUGGCCGAGCGGAGCCACGUCGAGCUAGUCUCCUGCCAACGACAGUUUGACAACCUCCGCACCAUCUUUAUCACCUGCGAGCAGUUUCUCCAACACGCGGCCGAGAACUCUGACAAGCCGUUUGUUCUCGCCCACUCGUACACUGUCGGAGAUCUCCGCCGCGCUCCACACGUCCACAGUGAGUCCAACACUCCGCUGGGAUCACCGUCUUCGCCGCUCCACACCCGCUCGCUCGGCAACGCAGCGCAGUUUGAUGCCGCCGUUGCGUCACGGACCUCGUCGUGGGCCUCACGCGGAAGCCCUUCGCCGACUGCUGCCGCCGCCGUCGAUGCCUUUGGCCCGCCGACUCAGCGCGCGUCGGCCGGCGACCUCGCACAUCGUCCGCUGUCGGGCGAGAUGGGCCCGCCGCCACCGCACACGACGCGAUCGGCCGGCGCCUCGCAGAACAACUCGCUCGAGCUGCUCCAGCUUCCGCAGUACGGCGGUGGAGGAGCCGGCGAUGACGGCGGGUCGUCCGGGCGGGUCACGCCCGACGCCGCCGAGCCGUCGCCGGCCAUGGCGGGCACUGAUGGCACCUCGUGGCAGCUCGCCUUUGCACCGGGCACCUCGCUCAACGCUGUUGUCGCCACAACCUUUGUCAUUCCGCCGUCGCUCGCCGAUCGCUACGUCCGCGCCCUCGUCAUUGUGGGCAACCGCAUCGAGGUCUCCAAGAAGCGGCUAGCCUUUCUCCGCUACGGCGACCUCGACGCAGUUGCGGCCAUCAUUGCUGAACAGUGGAUCCAGCCGUCGGCCUCGUCGUCAUCAUCCGGCAUGCAAACCUGGCGCCUCGACGCCCGCUUUGCCGACGCUCUCCGCGACGUCAAGUCGCUGCUGCAAGACCGCGAGGUGCUCGACACCUACCGGCGGCUCGCUCUCUCGCGGCUCGCCACCUCGCCAGGCUUCUCGGACCAGGUCCUUGCCGCCAUCAAAGCCAAGCUCAAGGAGCUCCUCCGCUCGCUCAUCUCCAUCGGUGGCGGGCUCUGUCAACCCAAGGAGUUCCGCGACGUCCUCCUUGAUCUCUUUGACGGCCCUGUCGAGCUCUUUGCCGCGGCCUCGGUCUCAGUUGAUCAGGUCCACCACGUCUUUACCGUCCUCCAGCAGACCUUUUCCGGUCUCGACGAGCUCCAAGUCCGCAAUCGCCGCUCGUUCCUCAUGCCCUGGCGCCGCUACCUCGCCGGCGCCCGUGACAUCACCACCUUUCUCCUCCGCCGCUACCCCACGAGCUAG